AUGGUAAUUCCAUGUAAAAAACUAACUGAUAUCACGUGUCCAUCAAUGGAGAUUCAAGUGACGAUAUGUGAAGUUUUGAUGGUGGCAGUGGAAAAAUCGGAUUAUGGUCGCCAUCGUGCAUGUCUCCUUGCCUUUAUAAACGAGCCUCGAAUCUCGAUAUCAAACAUUAAACACAAUCCAAAGGCUUUGCUUUGUAGCCUGGAUAUGAUUCUCCUUUGCAUUUUGUUGUUUGUUUCUAUUUCCGUGUUCCUUUACAGGAGAAGGUCCCUCCCUGGUACUAAUUGGCCCGUUAUUGGCAUUGCCCCCGAUCUCAUUCUAAAUGCUUACCGAAUCAAUGAUUUUGCUACUGAUCUUGUCAAACAGGGCAAUGGUACUUUCAUGCUUAAAGGUCCUUGGUUUGCCAAUAUGGAUAUGCUUGUCACCUCGGACCCCACCAACAUUAACUACGUGUUGAGCAAGAACUUCCCCAACUAUCCUAAAGGACCAGAGUUCCGAAAGAUCUUUGAUAUCCUUGGAGAUGGGAUCUUUAACUCGGAUCACGAGGUAUGGGAAAUCCAAAGGAAAACAAUCAUGUCUCUACUCAAACACCCAGACUUCAAUUCUCACCUGGAAAAAAAUAUCAGGAACAAGAUCGAGAAAGGGCUUCUCCCUGUCCUUGAUUUGGUCUCCCAUAAUCAGCAAGCUAUCGAUUUACAGGAAAUAUUUCAGAGGUUUACUUUUGACACUAUCUGUUCAUUACUUGUAGACUUUGAUCCUGAAAGCAUGUCCGUCCAUUUACCAUAUAAUGCAUGCGAGAAGGCCUUCACUGACGCCGAAGAAGCUCUUCUGUGGAGGCAUGUGUUGCCAGAAAAAGUUUGGAAGUUGCAACAAAGAUUAGGGAUGGGCAAGGAGAAGAAGUUGACCGAAGCUCGUAAGGUUUUUGAUGAAUUUUUAGAUAAAUGCUUGUCACGAAAAGAAGAAGGGUUUGGUAAUGAUGGAAGAGUAGAGAAGGAGGAGACGACGACUGGGUUGUUAAAAUCAUUGAUGACAAGUUUCCAAGGACAAACCGGGACUUCAGGGGACUCGAGAAGGUAUUUAAAAGAUACCAUACUGAAUCUGAUGAUUGCCGGGAAAGACACCACAAGCGCAGGUCUUUCAUGGUUUCUCUAUCUCGUUGCCCAAAACCCUCGCAUAGAGAGCAAGAUCCGAAGGGAGAUUGAGAAGGAAGUUGGUGAUGCAAAUUGGAAAAGUUUGGGUGUAAAAGAGUUGAGUGGUAUGGUUUAUCUUCACGGAGGUUUAUGCGAAGCAUUACGGCUGUAUCCCCCUGUUGCUUUGCAGCACAAGUCGCCUUCCGAAGUAGACGUUCUCCCAAGCGGGCAUGCAGUGAAUGAGCACAGCAAGAUUAUUCUGUCGUUCUACUCCAUGGGAAGAAUGGAAUCGAUAUGGGGGAAGGACUGCAUGGAAUUUAAACCGGAAAGAUGGUUUACAGAAGGUGGAAAAGGAGGGGUAAGGCACGAACCAUCUUAUAAGUUUACAGCGUUUAAUGCGGGGCCACGUACAUGCGUGGGUAAGGAAAUGGGUUUUAUUCAGAUGAAAAUGGUGGCGAGUGCAAUCAUUUAUCAUUACCAUGUGGAGCUGGUCCAACGUCAUGAGGUUUGUGUAGGCGAUUCCAUUAUAGUCCACAUGAAACAUGGUUUGAAGGUCAGGCUCAGCCCUGUUAAUUAGGCACAUCCAGGCUUGAGAUUGAAUUACAUAACUAAUAAAUGGAAGUAGCUUUCAUGAAUUAUUUUUAAGUUUUAUUAUUUAUUUAUUUAUUUAUUUAUUUGCAAAAAUUGUGUGGGAUGUAGUAUAAGCAUGUAUGUUUAAAAAAAUAAUUUGAUGUUCAGUAACUAAAUUAUGAUUAUGAGUGAUCAUAUUUAUACCA